ACUCUGUUUUCAUUUUGCAAGCAGCGCCUCAGAGAAGGGCAGACAAGACGUGUUUCUGGAAGAUAACAUGAAUAAAACGAACUGCACACUGGAUAGGUUAUUUGAACAGAGAGUCCUGCCUGCUCUUUACAUUUUGUUUUUGUUGUUGGAUUGGUCCUGAAUGUAUGGGGAAUGAUAUCUUUGCUGCAUAACUGGAACAAACUUCGGAGUAUUAACAUCUUUGUUCUUAACCUUGGACUAGCAGACAUGUUGUAUCUGCUGACUCACCCCUUUCUCGUCUUUUACUACCUUAAUGAAACUAAAUGGACCUUUGGAGAAGGAUUCUGCUUGGUAACAAGAUUCUGCUUCAACCUGAACUUAUACGGCAGCAUUGGAUUCCUCACCUGUAUAUGUGUGUACCGGUACUUGGCUGUUGUCCAUCCAAUGAAAGUAAUGGGGAAAUUAACUACGACUCUUUCUGUGGUCAUCUCCGUCCUGGUGUGGAUUCUGGUGAAUGUUGAAAGUUCUCCAGACAUGUUGUUCCCAAAACAUUCAGGGAAUAAGACCGAACGAUGUUUUGAUACGACUAGUUCAAAAAACGUUACGGCAUACUUGAACUAUAGCCUCAGCUGGACAUUCUUUGGAUUCUGCAUCCCUUUCGCCAUCAUUGUGGGUUGCUACGGACAUGUGACUGUUGUUGUUUGCCGCUCAGAUACAAUAAAAAAUGUCACAAAACAGAUUUUUAAGCUGAUGGUUUUUUUGAUUCUUCUCUUCUCUCUUUGUUAUGCACCUUACCAUGUUUUCAAGAACCUCAAUCUGUAUUCCAGAGUUCUGAAAAAUCUGAGCAAAUGCGCCGCAUGGGAUUCUGGGGUUUAUGUUGCCCGUCAGGCAAGCCGUGGUGUUGUGAGCCUGAACAGUGCUCUUAACCCGCUGGUUUACCUUCAUGUAGAUGAAGAUAUGGGUGUUCAGUUUAGGCUGCUGCUGCAGGGAUGUCGACAGAUUUUCAGUCGUUCAUUCAAACUGAAAUCCAGCUUUGUGUCUGUACCACAGACUGAGCAAGACGUUGAACGUGCUUUAUGACAGCAGGCGGUUUUCUGUUAAACCGUCCAUGUUUCCAAUGUUUCACUUCUACAUGUUGACUCUUGUUGAAAUCAAGCCAAACUAGUUUCACCGUCACUGCUGUACGGGAAUAACAGUUUAUGUAUAUAUAUACAGACACACA